AUUACUUUUUUUUUAUCUUUUUCACACAUACAAUUGUCAAUGAGGAUCGACCCACCCCUUCAAAUGAAAUUAUCAGAAGGCUGGGCCAUCUUCUUGUUAGGCCUUGCGCACUCGACUGUGCCAAAAGAUUCGACUCUUACAACUAGCCGUGAAUAAAAACAAUUCAAUCUUCGUAAGAGACACAUGACUUGUUUCGACUAUUGUAUGCUUCUAAGAGAACUGAUUGGUCGCUCAGCUCACUCAUGGUUGGAUCAUCCAUAGAUUUCGUGCACCAACUAAAUUUUCCACGUAUUCUGUUGUCCAUAGGUAAAGAAAAUAAGAGAGAAGGAGAGGUUUCUUAUCAAGAAUUUAAUCAUUUUCACCACCACCCUGUUCACUGUCUAGUGAUUGCACGUUUGCUUUGUCUUCAUUCUUUUUGGCCAAAGAUUUUAUGCAACAUUUUUCUUCACGACUACUUAACAACCACGGCUUUUAGAUUAGCUACCAAUUGUUUUUUUAUUAUGUCAUGUACAUGAUUCUGAUUAUUAUCUCUACAUAUAAUCUUCACCUCCUAUGUAAAUCCUUUGCCAUAUCUGAAAAACCCCUCUUUUUUUCAAUAUGGGAGACACUCCAAGCCCUUCUUCUCCUUCCCUUUCUGCAAAAUCAAAUUUGCCUAUGCUUUAUUACGGCCUGUUCGUUGUGGGAACAACUGCUAUCGUGCUGGCUAUAUACAACCUUAUCAUCAUCCGGUGGUGCACGCAGCGCCAGGAUGAGUCUGGCCAGACAACUUCCAGGCUUGCAGAAAGGACGGGUAGCCAGAGUUUUGAAAAUCGAAGCAGGAACUUGCUUUCAAGCUUCAAGUACAAGAAGGAAAGCAGCAACAUGGGGUCUCAAGAACCUGGUGGAGAAUAUGAAUGUGCAGUCUGCUUAUCAGUUUUCGAAGAUGGAGAGGAGGUGAGGGAGCUACCAAGGUGCAAGCAUUCUUUCCAUGCCCCUUGUAUAGAUAUGUGGCUGGAUUCUCAUUUUGAUUGCCCGCUUUGCCGUGCCUCUGCGGAUCCUUCUCCGUUUUGUCAUCGACACACAGCGGUGAAUUCACCAGAGAAUUCCGGGGAAGGUUUGAUGGAUACCGGCAUCCCAGUUUGAUUUCUUCAUUUUUUUCAUUUGAUUUUUUUCUUCUCUUCUCUGCCUUGUCUCUUUUGUUGAUUGAUUAUGAUUAGGUAGGGAAAGUCUGAAACUCUGUAUGUAUCGGUCCUGGUGUUUGUGGGCCUGAGAUGAGACUAAAUUAAGAAAGCCAGUUGCCCAUGGAUACAGGAAGCUCGUCUUAGUGCUACAACUGGGCCCAGGCAUUUAAGCGUGCCAGCCAUGUCACUUCCCAAUGUAUAUAGAAGUUAAAUUUUGUUGUGUAUAAACUAUACAGUACACCUUUUUCUUGCAACAAUCUAAAUGCUGAACAUAAUGCAGUUUUGAUAGAAGGGAAUCACACUGACAAUGGCACGAAUAAAGAUCCCAUUUCAGCAAGGCUUUUCUUUUCUUUCAGAAAAAAAAGGAAAUAACGAAAUAUCAGCCAGCUAUCGGCAGGUGGUACAAAAUGUGCUACAAACACUGCAAUGCAAGUUAUGCCGGGGCCAAGCUCGGAAGUGCAGUUUCCCGAUCAAGCAGUAAAGUCAAAAUCCAAAGUGACCAUAUUGCAAAUUCAAGCUAAGAAUACCAGACCAGUGGAACAGCACAGCAACACAUGUGCAAGACACCCAUAAGGUCAGAAAACUCGGCAAUAUAUAUUACAAUUCCAGAGCUCAUUCAAUGAGUUUCUCAGGGACCAUAACCUUUAUACUUUUAUGAUUGCC